AUGGAAAGGUUUAUUGAUAGCAAUCCUAAUGUUCCUCCUGGAGUAAAAUACCAUGCUUCGGAAAUUAGUUAUGAAAAGUUAAUCAAAACCAUCGCUCACGAAUUAGCCCAUGCUUACCAAUAUACUAUUAACUUAAAGAAGGAAGGAGAAAAAAGUAAUUGCGAGAGUUCUGGAGAGAAAGACGCCGAAGAAAAAGAUGAGGAAGAGGAAUUUGGGAAAUUGAUUACUUUACUAAAAGGGAGUAAGGAUUUAUUAGAUUUAGAAAAAAAUUAUCGUGCUGUCAAAAAAAGUCCUUUUUAUAGUGAAAUUAAAAAUACUCUUGGAGGAAAAGAAAACAAUAAACAAUUGUUAGACAGUUACUAUGCUAAGAAAACUAUAAAUUUAAAAACUUCUGAAACUAACAGUCCAAAUAAUAACUCUUAUUUUAAUGGCUAUUUAUGA